ACAUUUGGCUAUAAAAUGAAGUCCUCCUCCGAAGAACAACAAGAGAUAGAGAAGAAAAAGCUUGGGUCGAAGAAAAGAGAGAGAAAAAUGGCUAAUGGUUUAUCGAAACGCAUCUUCACGUUUCUGAUGUUGAUCUCGUUAGUAGCGGUGGCACUGAACCUUCUGGCCACCGUAGAGGCUCAGAAUAAGAAGAAGCCAAGGAGAGAUGUUCCUAUUGUGAAAGGUCUCUCAUGGAGCUUUUACCAGAAAGCAUGUCCGAAAGUGGAAAAAAUCAUCAGGAAAGAGCUCAAGAAAGUAUUCAAGAACGACAUUGGUUUAGCCGCAGCCAUCCUUCGUAUACAUUUCCAUGACUGCUUCGUUCAGGGAUGUGAAGGUUCAGUGCUGCUAGAUGGAUCAGCUAGUGGACCAGGAGAACAAUCAUCGAUCCCUAAUCUGACACUGCGUCAAGCCGCCUUUGUAGUCAUCAAUAACCUUCGUGCCCUCGUACACAAGCAGUGCGGCCAAGUCGUCUCUUGCUCUGACACCCUCGCCCUAGCCGCACGUGACUCUGUCGUCCUAUCAGGAGGACCAGACUAUGAUGUGCCACUUGGCCGACGCGACUCACUAGCGUUCGCAAGCCAAAACACGACGUUAAAUAACUUGCCGCCACCAUUCGCCAAAGCGAGCCAGCUCAUCACCGACUUCGCCAAUAGAAACCUCAACAUCACAGACUUAGUUGCACUUUCAGGUGGUCACACCAUCGGAAUAGCGCAUUGUCCCUCGUUCACAGGCCGGCUCUACCCAAACCAAGACCCAACCAUGAACAAGUUCUUCGCCAACAGCCUCAAACGAACGUGUCCCACCGCUAACUCAAGCAACACGCAAGUGAAUGACAUAAGAAGCCCCGAUGUUUUCGACAACAAGUACUAUGUUGAUCUUAUGAACCGACAAGGGUUGUUCACUUCCGACCAGGAUCUGUUCGUGGACAAGAGAACACGUGGUAUUGUGGAGAGCUUUGCGAUUGAUAAAAAGCUGUUUUUUGAUCAUUUCGCAGUGGCUAUGAUCAAGAUGGGUCAGAUGAGUGUCUUGACGGGGUCACAAGGAGAGAUUCGUUCCAACUGUUCGGCGAGAAACACAGGAAGUUUCAUGUCUGUUUUGGAAGAAGGCAUACUCGAGGAAGCUCUUUCCAUGAUCUAAAUAAAACCAUAAGAUCUCGACUCUUCUUUUCUUUAACUUUAUUUUAGUUGUUCACACACUUAUGGUUUUUGGGAUGCUUAAGACUAUAGUUCGACUGGUGAUCAUUCUGGAAAUAACAGGAACGAAUAGAAAAGUAACGUAAAGGAAUAAAAUUGCAUGAAUGAAAAGGAAUGGUUGUUUUUUCCCAAAUUUAACAAUGAAUAUUUUUGUUCUUUA